CACUCACCGCUUCAGCGCAAACAGACGGUGUGCCUGUCCGUUGAGCGAGAUAGAGGGUAUGGCUGCCUGUGUGUGUGAGAGUCUGUGUGUGUGUGUGUGCGUGUGAUUGGUGAGGGCAGUGGCAAGGAUUAUCUUGGGACAAACAUGAAUUUACAAUACGGGACAGAGACUCAGAGCCUGUGGAGUGAUUAGUACAGUAAGUAAAGUGUUCCAAUGUGAUUGAUAGAAACUAAUCGAAGUAAGCUGUAUAUGGCAGAGAGAGAGUGUGUGUGUUUGUGUCGUUACCGUGGUGAAGCUUGAUGGCCACUCAGGCGUCAAUACUGAGGAACUUCUUGGCUGAAGUGGACUGGAAGGAGGCCGUUCAGGAGGAUGCGGACAACAGCUUUACUGGAGAAUUCAUGAGGCUGAAGCGUCAGUCUACUAAGAUUCGGACAGACAAAAUCUUUCCGACCAAAGCAGCUGACAAGCAAGAGAACGUCAAGAAGAACCGUUACAAAGAUAUCGUACCCUUUGACCAUAGCCGAGUAAGGUUGUCCCUCAACGUCUCCAGUACAGACAGUGAUUACAUCAAUGCCAGUUUCAUUAAGGGGGUCUCAGGACAAAAUGCUUACAUUGCCACUCAGGGCCCCCUUCCUCACACUGUGCUGGAUCUGUGGCGAAUGCUCUGGCAGUAUGAAGUCCAGGUUGUGGUGAUGGCAUGUAGAGAAUUUGAGAUGGGAAGGAAAAAAUGUGAACGCUACUGGCCACUUACCCCUGAAGAUGUGUUUGUUUGUGAGCCCUUCAUUGUCACAUGUGAAUCAGAGGAAGAAAACGGGGAUUAUUUGACACGAGUUUUAAAUGUGACAUAUCAGUCUGCCAGCCGCACAAUCAGGCAACUGCACUACAUGAACUGGCCCGAUCAUGGCGUUCCAGACUCCAUCGGUCCCAUUCUGGAGAUGCUGCAAGAGAUGCAUUGCUAUCAGGAGCACGAGGAUGUACCCAUAUGCAUACACUGCAGUGCUGGGUGUGGGAGAACGGGGGUUCUGUGUGCCGUCGACUACAUCUGGAACCUAUUGAAGAAACAGUGCAUUCCAGAGAACUUGAGCAUCUUUGACCUGGUGCAGGACAUGCGCACUCAGAGACCUUCUGUUGUCCAGACCAAGGAACAGUAUGCGUUGGUCUACAGGGCCAUUAAGUUCCUGUUUGAGCAUCACCUGGUGGCGGGCGAGGGCACUGCCAGUCCAGAACAGGAGGCGGACUUGGCCAAAUCAUCGAUCAGCCCUGACUUAAGCAGUGACCUGUCUGACCUCAGUGACACAGAGUUUGAAUCUAAUAUUGAUUCUGUUUCAAGCAAUGGUAGACCCGUGGAGGCCUUGGGUCUAAGUGCUCUAAGUGCACUAAGUAUGGCACUCCCGGCGGUGACCAAGAGCCAUUAUGAUGACCCGGACGCCGAGCUAACAUCUGUCUACGGACCCGAGGACAUCCGGCUCCAAGCGAUGGCUGACAACCUUCCCCAGAAACCCCCACUUCCAGCACAUACAGCCACCACAUCAGACCAGAAACCCCCACUCCCCACACAUGCAGCCACCACAUUCGACCCCUGCAGUACCUCCCAGGCCACAGGCAGUCACCACCCUCCCCAGAAACCCCCACUCCCCGGACAUACAGCCACUUCCACGUAUGACCAGAAACCUCCAGUGCCCGCUCAUGCAGCUGCUGCAUUCGACCCCUGCAGUACCUCCCAGGCCACAGGCAACCACCACCCUCCAGCUAGCACACUCGCACAGUGCUCAGCACACAGUGGACACGUGUAUGUUAGAGAGGAGGGAAUGUGGGACACACUUAGCCAGCAGACGGCCCACUCACAGGAUCCGCCUGCGACGCAAGCCAUAGCAGUCACACACACACCACCACAGGCGAUGCAGACCCCUCCUGUACAACACAUCACACAUACUCAGCAGAGAGCACACGUUGACACAUCCACCACACCACAUGCACAACAAUCCCAUGCCCAUAAUGCAGUGCGGGAGGAUGCGGGGCGCUGCAGGAGAGUGCCUUCUGAUCUGUGCGUGACUGUGGAGGACCCUUAUUUCAGCCCCGUGGUGUCACCAGUGACAGAGGCGAGCUUCAAUCCACCACAGAUCACACCAGUGGCAGAGGCGAGCUUCAGACUGCCACAGAUCACGCUCAAUGAUGAGAUACAGCAGCCGUGCUCUCUCACACAGGACACAGUUGCUACUGUAUUCCCUGUGUCUGAUGACGAGGAUGCCCCACUUCUGCCAGAGCGCACGCCCGAGUCUUUCAUUCUGGAUCCAGAUGCCAGUACACGGGGGCUUCAUGCCUCCACAGCCACGGAAAGCGAUGGAUGCCCCUCUCCUGUGCCUCCUCUUCCAGAGCGAACCCCAGAAUCCUUUGAGCUGGCCUCCCCUGAUGCACCCCCCAGGAGUCUCACACCCCCCCUGCCUGAGCGGACACCAGAGUCCUUUAUUCUGCCCCCAGUAGAUGAUUCCGUCACGUCUGCUGUACCUACACUUCCAGAUCGAACUGCAGAGUCAUUUCAGUUCCCCCUGGGUAGCGGCCCCAGUCUGCCUCAGAACAACCGCCACUCUAUGUUGUUCUUCCGUGAAGUUGUCCCGCGUGGGAACACCCCGCGGCAUCCGCGCUGCGCCAGUGCCAUCUUCUUGCCAGAGGACAGCAAGAGCUUGUCUCCACCACACGGUGGCGGUGUCCUCUGUCCAGCUGUGCACCCGAUGAACUUGGUGAUGCCGUCUACCACCACCACCACCGCCACCGCUGCUGCUGCUGCUGGCUCCCCUCCUGUGGAGCAGCAGUCCUCCCAGCACAGUCACAGCUCCAGCACCAGCCAUCUGCCUGAGGGGGCGCCACCACCACAGCAACCUACAGUGCAGCCUACAGCACAGCCUACAGCACAGCCUGUCCCCCUACUCAAUACACCUCUGCUGCGUGUAGGCAGCUCGUAUGAAUGGGCUGGGCCCUCUCAACCCAGGGCUCAGGACCCUUUUAAAAACAGAAGCAAGAGCGUUAAAAUUAAAGGUCCAAAUACAGUUCCUUUGGCAGUUAUCGCACCUCAUGUGGCAGGACCAGAAGUGGGACUUUCAGCCGGCCCUACUGAGCAGCCUCAGCAGCAAGGGGCCGCCGGGAACGCCGGGAGAGAAGGGGAUUCUGGGAAAGCCAUGACCAGGAAGAAGAGUGCCUCGGAUGGUACGGCGUGCAUUAAGGGGCUACAGUUGAGCUGGAGGCGACUUAUACCCAAGAAUAAACAGAAAUGCACCACAGCCACAGCACCACCCCCUUCUCAGCAUGAAGCCACAUCAGGGUUCAAAUUUGUGUUUGGACACCGCUUUGGGAAGCCCAAGGGACCACGCACCUGCCCGGAGACCUGGGUGUAGGGGGCUGGAGGAGGACCACGCACCUGCCCGGAGACCUGGGUGUAGGGGGCUGGAGGACCAGAGGACAGCAAUAGACUGAAGGCUGAAGGAAGAGUUGAGGGCCAACUUCAUCUCCAGCACCCUUGUCACCAGGCAAGGCAGGCAGCGGCUUGGGGCCCCCAAGCCCCUGGAUGGUGAAUAAAAGCUCACACUUUG